AUGUCGCAAAUCCCAGGUGGAAAAAAAGGCGGGAAGGGCCCGCCGAAAAAAGUAGUUGACGAUGACAAGACUGCACCGAAAGCGGAGGAGAAAGAUGAGACGUCUUCUACUAAUGGAGAUAAGAAGGAGGCUAAGGAUGGCAACGGCAUGCCUGAUGUGCCGAAGCCACCGAGCGCUGGGGUUAACAUGCGGGAGGCCGCGGCGAAAAUACUGGUGCUGGCCCAAAAGGGAGAAUGGCCUGCCGUGGAACAGACCCUCAAGGCGCUGGAGAAGCUGGUGGCUGCGGGAGGCGAGGAUACUGUAUCCGUGCCGAUGGCUGGCAUCGUCGACCCGACAACAGGAAUGACCCCGCUGAUGUAUGCCGUAAAGGACAAUAGGACAUUAUUUGUCGAACGACUUAUUGAACUUGGCUCCGAUGUCGGCGCGAGGAACAAUGAUAACUACAAUGUCCUUCACAUAUCGGCGAUGUACUCGCGGGAAGACAUCGUCAAACUUCUCCUUUCCAAAAGAGGAGUCGAUCCAUUUGCAACUGGAGGAAGUCGCCAACAAACAGCAGUACAUCUCGUAUCAAGCCGACAGACAGGCACUGCGACGAGCAUCUUGCGCGCGUUGCUCACGGCUGCGGGGAAGGACAUACGGUUACGACCUGAUGGGAGAGGCAAGGUGCCGCUGCUGCUCGCCGUGGAGGCGGGCAACCAGAGCAUGGUGCGCGAGCUACUCAGUGCGCAGACGGCCGAACAGCUCAAGGCGUCCACACCAGCGGGCGAUACAGCUUUACACCUCGCAGCAAGACGCAAAGAUGUUGACAUGGCUCGAAUCCUUGUAGACUAUGGGGCUGCUGUUGACGCAGUUAACGGUUCUGGACAAACAGCUUUACACAUAGCCGCUGCGGAGGGAGAUGAACCACUUGUUAAAUACUUCUAUGGAGUCAGAGCGAAUGCAGCUAUUGCUGAUAAUGAAGACCGGACACCAAUGCAUCUAGCCGCUGAAAACGGUCAUGCAGCUAUUAUAGAACUACUGGCGGAUAAAUUCAAAGCAUCGAUAUUUGAAAGGACAAAAGAUGGCAGUACAUUGAUGCACAUUGCUUCUCUGAACGGUCAUGCUGAUUGCGCUAUGAUGCUGUUUAAGAAGGGUGUCUAUCUGCAUAUGCCAAAUAAGGAUGGAGCCCGAAGUAUUCACACGGCAGCGAGGUACGGCCAUGUUGGGAUCAUCAACACACUGCUGCAGAAAGGAGAGAGUGUGGAUGUCACUACUAAUGAUAACUACACAGCUCUCCACAUAGCGGUGGAAUCCUGCAAGCCAGCUGUAGUAGAAACCCUUCUGGGGUAUGGGGCAGAUGUGCAUAUACGUGGAGGCAAACAGAGAGAAACUCCUUUACAUAUAGCUGCGAGGAUUCCUGAUGGCGACAAAUGCGCGCUAAUGCUGCUAAAAUCUGGGGCUGGUCCUAACAAAGCCACAGAAGAUGGCAUGACGCCAGUGCACGUGGCUGCGCGGUUCGGCAACCUCGCCGCGCUGCUGCUGCUGCUGGACGACGGCGGCGACCCGCUGCGCAAGACCAAGACCGGUGAAACACCACUCCACAUGGCGUGUAGAAGUUGCAAACCAGACAUAGUGCGGCAUUUAAUAGAAUUUGUAAAAGAACGCAAAGGUGAAAAAGUUGCAACGUUAUACAUUGAUUCAGUCGAUGAAGAUGGAGCUAGUGCCUUACAUUUCGCGGGACAAAUAACCAAAGAAGAAGUAAAAGUUCCUUCAGCUGAUAGAGAAGUUGUUAAAUAUCUCAUGCAAAAUGGUGCCGAUGUAUCACUACAAACGAAACAUAAUCAAGAAACCGCCUUCCAUUUCUGCGCCAUCGCCGGCAAUAAUGACGUUCUAACAGAAAUGAUAACAGACAUGUCUACCGCGGAUGUGAGCAGAGCAUUAAACAAACAAAACUCUAUAGGAUGGACGCCAUUACUAAUUGCAUGUAAUAGAGGACACAUGGAGCUUGUUAACACAUUACUAUCAAAUCACGCAAGAGUUGACGUUUUUGACGUAGAAGGAAGAUCAGCCUUACACUUAGCGGCUGAACAUGGAUACUUACAAGUCUGUGACGCGUUACUAACGAACAAAGCCUUUAUCAACUCAAAAGCCAGAAACGGACGAACUGCCCUACAUUUAGCAGCCAUGAACGGCUUCGCACAUUUAGUGAAAUUUCUCAUACGAGAUCACAACGCUGUUAUAGACGUUUUAACGUUAAAGAAACAGACGCCAUUACAUUUAGCCGCAGCGAGCGGACAAAUGGAAGUGUGCAAAUUACUACUAGAACUCGGUGCCAAUAUUGAUGCGACAGACGAAUUGGGGCAAAAACCAAUACACGCUGCAGCUCAGAACAAUUAUUCUGAAGUAGUACAAUUAUUUCUACAACAACACCCUAAUUUAGUAAUGGCGACCACCAAAGAUGGGAACACAUGCGCGCAUAUAGCAGCCAUACAAGGGUCAGUUAAAGUGAUUGAAGAAUUGAUGAAAUUCGAUAGAACUGGGGUUAUAUCAGCUAGGAAUAAACUAAAUGAUUCCACGCCCUUACAAUUAGCAGCUGAAGGUGGUCAUGCUGAUGUAGUUAGGGUUUUGGUUAGAGCUGGAGCAUCUUGUACGGAUGAGAAUAGAGCUGGACUAACAGCUGUACAUUUAGCAGCGGAACAUGGACAUACUAAUGUGCUAGAUGUAAUGAGGUCAACUAAUACUUUGAGGAUAUCUAGUAAAAAGCUGGGUUUGACACCGCUUCAUAUAGCUGCGUAUUAUGGACAAGCAGAAACGGUCCGAGAACUCCUAUCCCAUGUUCCCGGAACAGUAAAAUCCGACGCUCCAACAGGAGUAUCUCUAGUUCCCAUACUAGGAGCUGAGUCUGGCCUUACUCCAUUACAUUUGGCGGCUUAUAACGGGAAUGAGAAUGUUGUCAGGUUGUUACUUAACUCUGCGGGGGUUCAGGUUGAUGCUGCUACUAAUGAAAAUGGUUACAAUCCGCUCCAUUUAGCCUGUUUCGGUGGCCACAUGUCCAUAGUGGGUCUCCUACUAAGUAGAUCAGCUGAAUUGCUGCAAAGCACAGACAGACACGGCAAAACCGGCUUACACAUAGCAUCAACACAUGGCCACUAUCAAAUGGUAGAAGUACUCCUUGGACAAGGAGCAGAAAUAAACGCAACAGAUAAAAAUGGCUGGACUCCAUUACAUUGUGCUGCUAAAGCUGGACAUCUAAACGUAGUAAAGUUACUUUGUGAAUCAGGAGCUUCUCCCAAAAGUGAAACUAACCUCAACUGUGCUCCUAUCUGGUUUGCGGCCUCUGAAAAUCACAAUGAUGUACUAGAAUAUCUCUUACACAAAGAACACGACACACAAUCCCUUAUGGAUGACAAAAAAUUUAUUUACAAUUUAAUGGUGUGCUCGAAGAACCAUAAUAAUAUACCUAUUGAAGAAUUCGUGUUAGUUUCACCGGCGCCUGUUGAUACAGCUGCCAAGUUAUCCAAUCUAUAUGUUAAUUUAUCAACCAAGGAAAAGGAGCGUGCCAAAGACCUAAUAGCAGCGGGUAAGCAAUGUGAAGCGAUGGCGACCGAGCUACUGGCGCUAGCCGCUGGAGCAGAUUCCGCUGGACACAUACUAACAGCCACUGAUAAUAGAAAUAUUGAGUUUUUAGACGUUUUGAUAGAAAACGAACAGAAAGAAGUCAUCGCGCACACGGUCGUUCAGAGAUAUCUUCAGGAACUCUGGCGAGGCAGCCUCAAAUGGACCGGCAUCAAAAUAAUGUUCCUUUUUUUCAUCUUUAUUAUUUGUCCGCCAGUUUGGCUCGUCUUCUCUCUUCCACUAGGCCAUAAAUAUAAUAAGAUACCGAUAAUUAAAUUUAUGUCAUAUUUAACUUCCCAUAUAUACCUUAUGGUAUUAUUAGCUUUGGUUGCCAUAACGCCCAUAUAUAACUCAAUAUUUAGAGAAAGUUUAGUCCCUAGGUGGUAUGAGUGGAUAUUAUUAAUUUGGUUGAGUGGUCUCCUUUUGUUUGAACUUACAAAUCCUAGUGAUAAAUCUGGUUUAGGCUGGAUAAAAAUAGCAGUAUUAUUGUUAGGAAUGGUGGGCGUCGCGACCCACGUCGUUGGCUGGAUAUUUGUAUUACCAAAAUAUUGGCCAACCUUAAUGUAUUGUAGAAAUCAAUGUUUUGCCUUAUCAUUUCUCUUAGCGUGUGUACAAAUUUUGGACUUCUUGUCUUUCCAUCACUUGUUUGGCCCGUGGGCUAUUAUUAUAGGCGAUCUUAUGAAAGAUCUAGGUAGAUUUUUAGCAGUGUUAGCGAUAUUCGUGUUUGGAUUCUCCAUGCACAUUGUGGCAUUGAACCAACCUUUCAGAAAUAUAAAUAAACCUGAAGAUAACAAAUACGCCAGAACAGCGAGGAGAAAACUGUUUUCAGACGUUACCAUGAACCCCGUGUUCUCGUUCGAGCUGCUGUUCUUUGCGGUGUUCGGUCAGACCACGACGGAGCAGACGAGGGUCCAUCGCAACGACAGCAACACGCAACCGCAGUGGACAAAUUAUUUGUUUAAAAUAGUUUUCGGGAUUUACAUGUUGGUGUCGGUGGUCGUACUCAUCAAUCUACUGAUUGCUAUGAUGUCAGAUACCUAUCAAAGGAUACAGGCUCAAUCGGACAUAGAGUGGAAGUACGGGCUAUCGAAGUUGAUCCGCAACAUGCAUCGGACCAACACAGCACCGUCUCCACUUAAUCUUGUGACCACGUGGCUCAUGUGGUUGAUACAUCGGUGCAGGAAUCGUCUAACAAAGAAGAAGAGGCCCAGCUUAGUGCACAUGAUUGGUUUGCAGAGACAGGACCAAAUGAGCGCGAGGUCUAAGGCUGGGGCCAAAUGGCUGUCUAAAGUCAAGAGGGGACAGGUUGUUCCUAAAGAUUCCACCCGUCUCUCAGUAGUACACUUAAGUCCGUUAGGUUCCCAACUAAGUUUCAACAACAUGACUAGAAUAGAGAACGUAGUAGAUUGGGAAAUAAUCGCCAAGAAAUAUAGAGCUCUCACGAGAGACGAGCCUGAGGAACUGUUAACUAAAGACACAGAAAACGAUACUGCUGAAAGUGAAUCAGAAAUCGUUCCCAAUAAUAUAGCUGCUGUUCCACCUUGAAUACAAGAAGAUAAUUUUCAUAAUUGCCGUGGAAAGAAAAUGUCUAUAAAUUUGAUGGAAGAAGUCGUAAAUGUAAAUAGGUGAACGUUGUAACGUAGGUGAAAUUUGGAAAGCAUUGUUUCAUGUACCGUCUAAAAAACGGUUAAAUGUAAAUAAAUUUUAAUUCGUGGUAGUAUGUUUUUCGGAUGUGUUUUAAUUAUUUUCAAGAUAAUUGUCCAAUAUACUAGUCAUUAUGUACCUACCUAUUUGUGUUAAUUGUUUUCUUUUAGUUAGUAAAUAAUGUAAAUGUAUAUAGAAAUUAUUUAUUUCAUGUAAGCGCAAAAUAAUAUUCUACAGUAACAAUCUAGUCAUUCAAAAGUAAAUUGAUUUAUUGUUUACCUUGAAAAAAUGUUUUACAGAUUUUGUUUAUUAUUUAUAUUGUAACAUAUCAAGUAUAUGCACAUAAGAUAAUGGUAUCUGCGGAAACUGCCUCGAUCCAUCCCGCAUUGAUAACGAAAACUGUAAAUAUUAUAAAAGAUAAAUAAUAACCUUUUCCUAUAGUUUAUUCAAGCAACGGGUAUCAAAAGAACAUACCUACAAAGACAUACCUACUUAUUGACCUAAGUAUCCAAUCCAAGAAAAUCCUCAAAAUUGCGACACUAAGAAAUCAGUGUCAAUUCAUUAAAAAAUAUGAAUCAAUGCUGAAAAUAAAAUUGUUCAGUUUCGGCUUUUGGUAAUGUCAAGCAAAUAUUAUGUAGACUAAAAAUGUAGAUAAUUAAGUGUACCUUCCACCUACCAGUAUCGAUAAGAACAAUAUUUUUCUAAUUCAAAUAAUUUAUUUUAUAGGAACUAGUCAUAAGAACAUCAAGUCAAUAAUUUAAGCAUUAACUCUAAACGUAACAAUAUUUUUGUAAAUAAUCAUGUUAUGUAUUUGUGUACGUAUUGUUUUGAAUAAAAUAUGAAUCUACAAA